ACCGGUACCCCAGCUGUGGCCAUAUCAUUAUCAGUAGUCAACCCGAUUGGCGGCCUGUAUUCGGCAGUUCAUCGGUCGUACCCCUUAUUACUGUCAUACCUGUCCUCUACUGGUGGCCGACAACCGGUGCUCUCACUGUGCGAUCGGUUGAAAGUGUUUGCAUUCAUAGAGAGGCUAUCGAUGGGACUCACAAUCGGCUACUAUUGCGGCGAUUUUUGGAUGUGGAGUCUAUUCAUUCGGGCGCACAAAAAAGACCUCGAGUUCAGUGAUCUCUACCGCUGCCCAAAAUCAGAUGAGACACAUCGGGUCCGACAAAAGCUGGAAAUCGAAUGGAAUAAACAAUUGAAAAGUAAAGGCAAAACAUCGCUAUAUUGGGCACUAUUCGCAUCAUUCGGACCAGAACUUAUUGUCCUUUAUUUCCCCGAUGUAAUUAAGGAAUUGGGACUGAGUUUGUUUCAGUCGUAUUGUAUAGUUUAUUUGGUGAGAUAUUUCAACAAUGACCCCAACACUAGUCAGUGGUGGGCCACGUGGGCCGCCGUGGGUAUUGUGUUAACCGGAAGUGUCCACAUGUUUGUCCUACAUAUAACAGCAGGAUUGAGCAGCAAAGUGGGGGUCAGAAUCCGAGCCGCCUGUUGUGCCCUAAUCUACCGCAAGGCGGCGAUUGUGUUAUACCUGUUGUGGUCACACUUGCGGUGGGCGUGUCUGACGGGAAUGGGAAUACUUGCGCUGUUUAUACCAUUUCAAGUACUAAUGGGUCGUAUGUUUCGGCGUAUACGGCAAAAGACGGCCGAAUUAACCGACAGUCGAAUCCGUUUAAUGCAAGAGAUUAUCGCCGGAAUGCGUGUCAUAAAGAUGUACGCCUGGGAACAGCCCUUCGCACUAUUGGUGGAAAUCGCUCGCAAGUAA